AUGGCUUCUCCCUGUGGGAGCGGCGCAUCCUCUGGAUACACUCUUCCGACCACCAACUCCGGCUCCGACGAGGACCUCCAGCAGGCCCUAAACCAGAGGAAAAAGAAGCGGAUGCUAUCGAACCGGGAGUCGGCGAGACGCUCACGCCUGCGAAAGCAAAGGCACCUGGACGACCUGGCUGCUCAGGUGGCCCAGCUUAGGAAGGAGAACAAUCAGAUCCUCACAAGCUACAACGUGAUCACACAGCAGAUAUUGGCUAUCGACUCGGAGAACUCCGUGCUGAGGACUCAGACCAUGGAGCUCAGCCACAGGCUGCAGUCCCUCAACGAGAUCCUCCUCCAUAUGAACGGGCUCGCCGCCGUCGACCACCCCUCGCAGAACUUGGACGGCUUCUUUGUCAACCCAUGGAGCUCGAUCUCCCUCAACCACCCCAUCAUGGCUUCCCCUGACAUGUUCCAGUGA